AUGGAGUCGUCUAGCAGCUGCGGCCUCGGCGGCUGCCGGCCUCGCUGCCUGCAGCCGCUGCGCAGCGUCAAGGUGUUCAUGAUGCUGCUGACGCUGACCUUCAUCGGUGCCGACGGCUUCUCGGGCUACCUCGUCGGCUGCAUCACGACGAUCGAACGGCGCUUCGAGUUCUUGAGCAAGCAGUCGGGCCUGCUCAUGACGAUGAACACGCUCGCGUUCGUCGUCUCGAUCAUCUUCACGAGCCACGUCGGCAGGGCGCACAAGCCGCUCGCGAUCGCCGUCGGAUGCGUCGUCAGCGCCGUCGGCAUCCUCGUCACCAUGGCGCCGCACUUCGUCUUUGGAUCCGGUGUCGACGACACCGAGGCGACGGUCCCCACGGCAACCGUCGCCGUGGCAGCGAAAGACGGCGACGGCCACUCGACGUGCUUCGGCGGCAACGGCACAGAGGAUGCGGGCGACUGCGGCGACGACGGCAACGCCAACGAGAUCGCGUACGCGAUGAUGUGCGUCGGCGAAGCGAUACGCGGCGUCGGCAGCUCGAUCUUCUUCACGCUUGGCUUCGCUUACGUCGACGACAACGUCGGCCGUUCCUACGCUCCCUUCUACCUCG